CGACAAAGUCCUCCAGGAUCAGUCUUGGGCCACAUACUAGCAGCUAUCCCGACUAUCCACUAAAUAAGGCAUGACCAGAGGAUCUUCUUGUCACUUACUUCGUAUCAUAGCUUUCGAAUAUGGGUGAUAAGGGUGAUGGUCCGCUGCAGGACCUGGAGAAGACCUACUGCCCACCUCUGGACCCAGCAUUGCUCACGGCCAUUGCCUUUGACUAUGAUCUUACGGAUUCAACCCAACUGCAACAACUUCGGGACACCUUGGAUGCUCUUCGACUUUCCGCCUGGGAACAGGAGGAUCUACCAUUCGAUCCGUCCGGCACAUCCGGCUUAAGCCCAGAAAACAGCCUAGAAGCAGAUGGGAUCUUCUCAGAGCGUAGUGGAUCACAGUGUGAUCGGUCGCGCACAACCGAUCUCACGAGCUUGACGUCUGGCUUUUCUUCGUUCGGUCUCAGUGACCGAAGCUCAAACAGUAAAAGCAAAAGCGGCUCGACUACAUCAGAUCAUGUAUCGUAUACUAUUGGGCCGGACGGCUCUCUCUGUCUGUCUGGAGCUAGCGACGAAGACAAGAUCGGCUAUUUGACGGAGAUGUUUCCUUCGGCGGACCGCUUCACAAUCCAACACACAAUCAAGAAGUCUAACGGGGACGUCGACCGUGCAAUGGACGUCCUGCUUAAUCUCGUAUUUUUUGACGAGCAGGCCCCUGAUGAGGAUGGGCUGAAGGUUGCCGUUCCCAAAGGCGUGGAUGGCUUCGAAGACGGACCCGGAGAGGCGAGGAAGCAAGGACGCAAGCGUAAACCCAAGAACAAAUCUGGCCGGAAGCAAGAAGUUCCCUCACCCCUAGGAUCCCAACCUACUUUGGAUGGCAUGCCCAGUCUUAACAAAUGGGAUGCUGCUGGAAAGGAUGUGGAAUUUAUUCAUGCGCGAACCUCGCCGAUUCUCAAAAUGGAAAUAGUUCGCUCGACAUAUCACGCCAAUGGUGCCUCCCUUUCUGCUACGAUCCGGACCCUUGCCAGUGCACAUGCCCCGAAAGAUGAAAAGGUCAUCAAUGAUGACCCAGUCAUGGUUGCGCAGGUGGCAGAACUUACACAGGAAUUCGCUUGGGUCCCACCACUCACAUUCGCUGGCUUGCUCAAGAUCACAAGAAGCUCUGUAUCGGCCGCUAGUGAGCUCGCGGCGGCUAUGUUGACGGAACCAGUAGCCCCCUCUAUAUCUGAGAUGAUCAAGAUCACAACACCACCGCCACCGGUGGAUCUCGAAGAGGAUGUACAUCCGAGACGAGGCGCUGAUCCACCGGCUACCCGAGAUCUCUAUCGAGCGAGAAGCGCGGCAGGCUUGCACUUCGCGGCAGGAGCCGAAGCAUUAUCAAAGGCAUCAUUAGCAUAUAGACGCGGCAAGUCGGACCGACUGAUGGGUGGUGCUGCUGCAUACUACUCUGCAGUGGGACGGGAUCAUAUGGAACGCGCAAAGCGCAAUGCCGCAGCUGCCGCCGACGCCCUGGUAGAUUCACAGUCUACGUGGAAUAUGCUCGAUCUCCAUGGUGUAUCAGUACAGGAUGCGGUCCGGAUUGCCAGCGCGCGAGUGUCAGAGUGGUGGGAAUCUUUGGGGGAUACAAAAUAUAGACGAGGCGGUAGUGACCCAGCCUGGGGUGGCUAUCGCAUUGUCACCGGUCUUGGAAGACAUAGCCAUGACGGCACCUCACGCCUGGGCCCAGCUGUUGGAAAGAUGCUCGCCCGAGAAGGCUGGAGGGUGGAGAUUGGAGCUGGGGUUUUGACGGUUGUGGGCGUCGUCCGGCAUCGCUAGGGCUUUGGCCUACCUUGCUUUUCUUCAUACUCAAGAUAUCCUGGAACAUCCAUCUAGAGUGCGGAUCCAUAGAAAGAGCGGAGUUAUGGUCAACAUCUACUGCACAUAUAGACAUACGUGCACGUAUGUGGCUUUGGAAAAGGGAAUGUAUCUACGGGAUAAUCCAUACAAGGA